AUGGUACUUCAAUUGAGUCUUGUAUCUGCGAUAGAUGACGAAUCAUACGACCUAUGCACAUCCACGCUAUGCAACUUAUCAGGGAAUCCUCCCGUCCUUUUUAGUCACUUCACAGCCAUGCUCAAACCGAAUCCGACCUUCGAUAUCGAACAGACAAAUUCCAAGAACCAAUUGAUUGAACAAAACCGAUUGAAAUUAUGCAAAGAGGUACCUCUAGACCAGCUCGAACCCGAUGGAUCGAAAAGAGACUACGAAAUGCUGAAAAACUAUCAGGAUGAUAAGUUAGAUGGCUUCAACCUCCAAGUUGUCGAAGAUAUGCUUCAUGGAAGCACUGAUUUAGACAGGAUGGAUGUGGAUGAGGCCAAAUCAGAUGACUCAUGGAUUUUGAGUAUCGCUGAUAUUCCAGCCGCUGGUUCCAAUCGAAAAGUCUCAACGCAAUCAAUCACAGAAAACACCAUUUUGUCGUCUGGCGGUAGUUCCCCGUCGAUAAUAGCGUUUCUCUCUGAAUUCGGUUACGUACCGGACUACCAGUUUUUAACGCUUGGGGUCAAAUUUAACAUGAACCAUAGCGUUUACUUAGAACUUUCUAAAGUCUGGCUGAUACAGGGUGGUGAAAGUAAACAAAUAACCAAAGGCGGCUUCUUGGUUAAGGCAUUUGUUAACGUAACCAAAGGUACAGAUAUAAAAAGCAUAAAUCAUGGCACGAAUGCUCUCCUGAAUUUACAAAAAGAGCUUAGCGGGUAUAUAGACCUCACAAUUCCAGACCGAAAAUCAAUGGAUUCUCGACUGGAAAAUCUUAGCGACAUAUAA